UGGCGGCCUCUGUGUUCCAUGCGCGUGCCGUGUUUUGGUCUCACUUGCUCAGUGUUUCCUUAUGAAAACACUAACAGAAUUUAUUUUGCGCGUUUAAAUCUUUUAAAAUCUUGAAUAUGAAGCCGAAAUUCAGUCGGAGAGGCGGCGGAAGAGGGAGGCAGCCCGAGGACAAACUGCACAAGUUCAUGGUGUCAGUCCAGAAGUUUGUGGAGAAUGAAGGGGGACAGGAUGGACAGGAGUCCCACAGCUACACUGGGAUCCUGGCCAAGAGGAAGAGCCGAAAGGAAAUGCGCAGGGAGAAGAGGAAGAUGAAGAAGAGGAAGAAGAAGGUGAAGGACAAGCCGAGUGUAGAGGAGAGUGUGCAGAGUGUAGAGUCUGGUCCAGAGAGCGCUCCUUCAUCAUCAUCAUCAUCAUCAUCAUCAGCCAUCAAAUCAUCAUCAGCCAUCAAAUCAUCAGUCAAACCGCAGUCGAACCCUGAGCAAGACGACAAGCCCAAGAGGAAAGUGCGUUUCCAGGAAACCUCAGCGUCUCCGCCUCCUGAGAAGAGAGCCAGGGUGCAGGCUGUGAGGAGGAAAGCUCUGAUGGAGGCCAACGAGGAGGAGGACCGAGAGAUCAGGAGGCUGGAGAAGAGACUCGGCCUCCACAAGAGGAGAAACAAGAAAAGCCUCCCGCAGUCCUUCAUCACCGACGGCCUCGACUACAUCCUGGGCAUCCUGGAGCCCGGAGAGGCGGGGUUAUACCACAGCGACGAGGACGACGGGCAGGAUGAGCUCGGAGUGAAGGAGGAGAGGAAGAAGAAGAAGAGCAAGCUGGAGGAGGAUGAGGAGGGAGACGAGGAUGAGGAGGGAGACGAGGAUGAGGAGGGAGACGAGGAUGAGGAGGGAGACGAGGAUGAGGCGGGAGACGAGGAUGAGGAGGGAGACGAGGAUGAGGAGGGAGAUGAUGUAGAAGAGGAGAGGGAGGAAGGACACAGUGGUGAUGAGGAGGGAGAUGAUGUAGAAGAGGAGAAAGAAGAUGGAGAAGGAGACGAGGAGGACAGUGAGGAGAUUGAAGAACAUGAGGAAGAAGGAGAAGAGGGGGAAAAUGCAUCAGAAGAAGAUGAUGAUCUUAAUGAAAAAGAGGAAGAAAAUUCCCAAGAAAAUGUAUCUAGCGGCGAUGCGGCAGGUAAAUAUGUCCCUCCUCACCUGCGUGAAGUCGCCGACAGCAAGCGCAAAGCCGAGCUGGAGCGACUAAAACGCAACCUGAAAGGUCUAAUAAACAGGUUGAGUGAACCCAACAUGGGCUCCAUCAGCGGGCAGGUGGAGGAGAUGUACAUGAGCAACAGCAGGAAGGACAUGAACGACGCGCUGACCGAGAUCCUGAUGGCCGCCUGCGUCACGCCGGCACUCAUGCCCGACAGGCUGCUGAUGGAGCACAUGCUGUUAGUCGGUGUCCUGCAUCACACAGUCGGACUGGAGGUGGGCGCUCACUUUCUCGAGACAGUGGUGCGGCGUUUCGACAAGACAUGGCAAGACAGCUCCGUGGCGGGUAAAGAGAGCUCGAACCUGGUCUCCAUGGUGGCUCACCUGUACAACUUCCAGGUGGUGCACUCGCUGCUGCUGUUCGACAUACUGAAGCGGCUGCUGACGGCGUUCGAGCCACAGGACGUGGAGCUGAUGCUGCUGCUGCUGAGGAACGUGGGCUUUUCCCUGAGAAAGGACGACCCUCUGGGCCUGAAGGAGCUGAUCUCUGAGGCCCAGCGCAAAGCUGGCGUGGAGGGAGCGUGCCUCAGCGACCAGACCAGAGUGCGGUUCAUGUUGGAGACGAUGCUGGCGCUAAAGAACAACGACAUGCGGAAGAUUCCGGGUUAUGACCCCGAGCCGGUGGAGAGACUAAGAAAGGUGCAACGCACUUUGAUCCAAAACCGGGCGAGUGGCACUGACGUGAAGCUCAGGGUUUCUUUGGAGAAUCUUCUGGAAGCACAGAGCGUCGGUCGCUGGUGGAUCGUCGGCUCGUCCUGGAGCGGAGCGCCCAUGAUUAACGAGGACAAACCGGCGGCGCAGCCUGUUAAAGGGGAGCAGUUUAGUGCCAAAGUGCUUGAGCUGGCACGCAAACAGCGCAUGAACACGGACGUCAGGAGGAACAUCUUCUGCGUCAUCAUGACCAGCGAGGAUUACCUGGACGCCUUCGAGAAGCUCCUCAGACUUGGUCUGAAAGGUCAGCAGGAGCGAGAUAUCGUCCACGUCCUCCUCGACUGCUGUCUCCAGGAGAAAACCUUCAACGCCUUCUACGCGGUUUUAUCUGAGAAGUUUUGUACACAUGACCGGCGCUUUCAGAUGACUUUCCAGUUCUGUCUGUGGGAUAAGUUUAAAGAACUCGCAACCCUAUCGAGCAGUUCCUUUACAAACCUCGUCCUGAUGGUCACGCACCUCCUAACCAAGAAUUCACUUUCGCUCUCCAUCCUCAAGGCCAUAGAGUUUGGAGAACUCGAUAAGCCUAAAGUUAAAUUUUUGAGGCAGAUUCUCUCUAAACUCCUACAGCAGACUCAGGAAGAGGAUCUGGUUCAGAUUUUCAGCCGGAUUUCUGGAAUUCCUAAGCUGGGAAUGCUACGCGAAGGAUUAAAGCUCUUCAUCCAGCACUUCCUGCUUCGAGGUGCUCAGACGGAGGGAAAGAUGCUCACAGAGAGGGCUGAGGUCGCCAUCAAGGCCAUGGAGGCACGGGACGCCAAACUCAAACUCUAGAGCCCAGUUUAUAUUCCAGAACAGUUUUAGUGAUGCAACAGAAUUUGUCCAGCAGGUGGCUCUCCAACCCAAAUAACAUGGCCAAUAGACUAAAAGACUUAAGACAAUGUUUAACCUUAGCUGUGCAAAGAAGCAAAAAAAAGUUUGUUGAAUUGACAACAUUAAAUAUUCUUUAUGUGACGAUCCUGGAUUUUACAAACAUACAUUCUGAAAUAUUUCGUUGUUGUUGAUAAAGAAAAAGUGUAUAAGUUAAAAAAAAUUACAAGACAGACUUGUGCAAACUUUAUGACCUUUUCAAUAAAAUCUGCAACAGCUGUUUUAUAGAAAUGAGGUUUCUAUGAUGUUUGUGUGAAUUUUAGAGCAUUAUUGUUUUAUAACACAAGAAAGAAGGAUGUUUGAAGAAGAGAGAAAAAGAAGAAACAUCUUCUCAAGUGAACAUUUAUUGAAUGAAAUUUCAAAACUCUGUUACUUCUUAUUAUAGGACUACAAUGAAUCAGAUAGACUGCAUGGCCAAAGUUUUAUUGACCACCAUUCGCUUUGGUUACAUCACACAGUGUGGUGGUGAAUUCAUGUGUGACAAUGAAAUCAGUUGCUCA